AUGCUUGAACAACCAGCCCUAGAAGGAGAUUCCAGGUUCUGUGCCACAUCCUUGGAAUCCCUAAUUGAUUUCAGCAUUUCAAAGCUUGGAAAAAACAUCAAACCAAUCUCAAAUGAGGUUGAAAUGGGAAGCCAGGAAUACGAACUGGGAGUGGGAGUGAAGGUUGUAGCAGACAAAUCAGUGGUGUGCCAUAAGCAGAAGUACCCAUAUGCUGUGUUUUACUGCCAUGCAAUCCACAAGACAAGGGUUUACACGCUUCCAUUUAUGGGAACUGAGGAUGGGACCAAAGCUGAAAUUGUGGCUUCUUGCCAUAUCGAUACGUCGGCUUGGAACUCGAAGCAUGUCGCCUUUCAAGUUCUGAAAGUUAAACCAGGAACUGUCCCUGUUUGCCAUUUCCUUCCUCGUCACAGUGAUACAGCUUAG